AUGGUGUCCAAGCUUCCCAUCUUUUCUGCUCUCUUCUCGCUGGCUUUUGCGAAGCCCAUGGCUCGCAGCAUGAAAGUCCGCGAGGCCAGGGAAAGCUUGCCCGCGGGUUAUGUCCGCACUGGCGCUGCUGCCGUGGAUACCGAGCUGCAGCUGCGCAUUGCGCUCGUGCAGAAUAACCCGGAGGGGCUCAUCGAUGCGCUGUAUGACGUUAGCACACCGACCAGCUCGUCCUACGGCCAGCAUCUCAGCAAGGAAGAGGUCGAGAAGUUCGUCGCGCCGGCUGCACAGACCUCUGAGACCGUCAACGCCUGGCUCGACCAAGCUGGCGUGAAUGCGACCCCGAUCUCGCCUGCUGGCGACUGGCUCAGCAUCACUGUCCCUGUCGGUCAGGCGAAUGAGCUGUUCGACGCCGACUUCGCCGUUUACACUCACUCCGAGACCGGCAAGCAGACGAUUCGCACGAUGAGCUACUCGAUUCCCUCCGAACUCGAGGGACACAUUGACCUCGUUCACCCUACGAUCACGUUUCCGAGCUCAAUCUCCCUUCGUCCCGUUGUCUCGACACCGUCUGGCCUCGAGCGUCGUGGUAUUGAUCCCCUGGCAUCUUGCUCAACUUCAGCUGUCACGCCCGCGUGUGUCCAGUCCCUGUACGGUAUUCCUGCUACCAAGGCGACCCAGAGCUCGAAUCAGCUCGGCGUCAGUGGCUUCAUCGAGCAAUUCGCUAACCAAGCUGAUCUCACUACGUUCUUGAACACAUUGCGGCCGGACCUUAAGGGAGCGACCUUUGCUCUUCAGACCCUCGAUGGCGGCUCUAACCCGCAGAGUGGCAGCGAGGCUGGCAUUGAGGCGAACCUUGAUAUUCAGUACACUGUUGGCGUCGCCUCCGGCGUGCCAGUCACCUUCAUUUCUGUUGGUGAGAAUUUCAACGACGGCGACCUUGACGGCUUCCUGGACAUCAUUAACUUUCUCCUCGGCGAGUCCAAUCCGCCGCAGGUUCUGACCACCAGCUACGGCAACAACGAGAACGAAAUCUCGCGUUCUCUUGCCAACAACCUUUGCAAUGCUUACGCUCAACUGGGUGCCCGCGGUACCUCUAUCCUCUUUGCCUCUGGUGACGGCGGUGUCUCCGGCUCGCAGUCCCAAAGUUGCUCUAAAUUCGUCCCUACUUUCCCCUCUGGAUGCCCCUUCAUGACCUCCGUCGGUGCCACCCAGCUCACCUCAUCGUCAGGCGGAGAGACCGCAGCAUCGUUCUCCUCCGGCGGCUUCUCCAACUACUUCGGCACGCCGUCAUAUCAGGCCACUGCCGUCUCGUCCUACCUCUCCUCCCUUGGCUCGACAGACAAUGGCAAGUUCAACACCUCGGGGCGGGCGUACCCGGAUGUCGCAGCGAUCGGGGUGAACGUCGAGAUCGUCGUGAACGGCCAGGCCGAGACGGUGGACGGCACGAGCUGUGCAAGCCCCAUCUUCGCGAGCACGAUCGCGCUUAUCAACGACGCGCUCAUCGCCGCCGGCAAGAGCCCGCUCGGCUUCCUCAACCCGUUCCUGUACGCGAACCCCGGUGCGUUCAACGACAUCACAAGCGGCGACAACGCUGGGUGCAACACAAAUGGCUUCCCGGCCGGCAAGGGCUGGGACCCUGUCACUGGGCUGGGCACCCCGAACUUUGCGGCUCUGAAGGCAGCGGCUGGCGUUUGA